AUGACCCGACCUGCACCACCGGUGGUACUCCAACUUCAAAUCCAACUCCGCCCCAUGCUCGCGUCAUCUGCACGGCCUCUCCUGCACUCGCUUAAUUACUCUCGUCUGUCAACAACAACAACAACAAUAACGACAACAACAACCACGACAACUGCUCCCCCUCAUGUGAUGGAGAUCAAUUCAGGUGAUGAGAUCGCGAAGGCUGUCUUGGACGUAUUCGACAAAUGGCCUGCGAAGAGAAAACCAUUAGUGAGGAGUGAUGGGGUCAGGGAGUGGGUGCCGCUGAGCGGGAUCGUAGCACAAGGUUCGUUGACCCCGGCAUCAUUCGCCGAUCACAAGGCUGACCGUAGGGUAGGAAAAUGGGGCAUGACCUGCGUGGCAGCAGCGACGGGGAUGAAGUGUCUCCCGCAGAAGAAUGUCUCUCAGGCCCAAGGGGUGGUGUUGCACGACUGGCAUGCCGAAGUCCUUGCUAUCCGCUCUUUCAACCGCUUCCUCCUCGAAGAAUGUUAUGCGUUGGCGUCUGCAGAGAAGCUCGCGUCGGAGUACGUCCGGAUCAGAAGCCAGGAUGAGAAAAGCGAGAUGAGUUUUCAGCCAUUUGCACUGAACGAUGGUAUCAACCUACACAUGUAUUGCUCGGAAGCUCCUUGUGGCGAUGCAAGCAUGGAGCUCACCAUGGCAGCCCAAGAAGACUCGACCCCGUGGGAACUACCCUUAACCACUGCUUCAGAUAACUCACCCGUGACAGAGCCCACCGUACUUCAUGGCCGAGGAUACUUCUCAGCCCUCGGCUCUGUCCGUCGCAAACCCUCUCGUCCAGACGCUCCACCGACCCUCUCGAAAUCAUGUUCGGACAAAAUCGCCCUCAAACAAUCGACCUCUCUCCUCUCAUCCAUCACCUCCCUGCUUAUCUCGCCUAGCAAUGUUUACAUCCACUCGCUUGUCCUACCCACCUCGCAGUCCUCCUCCGUCGCAUGCACCCGCGCAUUUUCGGAUUCCGGACGCCUCUCCCCCCUCAAAAGCAAGGAGUGGGCAGGCGGCUACUCCUUCCGCCCAUUCCAGAUCCUCAACACCGAGACGGAAUUCUCCUACAGUCGGCGCCAGCCCCUCCCAGCUGCGGGCCAGAAGCUCGUCCCGUCGAACACGGCCACGUCGUGGACGCCCACGCACAGCGACACGCUCAUCGGCGGCCGUCUCCAGGGCCGCAAGCAGUUCUCCAUCCAGGGCGCAAGCCGCGUCUGCAAGCGUCGGAAGUGGAAGCUCGCUCUCGACAUUGCGGCCCUGGCGUCCGUGCAGGCACCUGCUGUCGAGCGAGCCUUGAGAGCCGAAACGUACGCUGCAGUCAAGCAGAGUCACCUGCUCGAGGCGAGGAGGCUCGUCAAGGCCCAUGUGAGAGCGGCCGCGCUGAAGGGCUGGGUGCGGAACGCAGGUGGGGAGGACUGGGGCGUUGAAGGGGUCCAGUGA